UUAUUUGUUUUGUUUUCAGAAAUAUCACCACCACCACCAGCACCACCACCACCACCACCACUACAAGACUACCACUGCUGCUGGUGAUAAAAUGACAGUCACCUACACCAUCAAGGUUUCCAACACUAGUUUCUGCGGAUUUUCCAAGCUUCUAUUCAGAUGGCGCGGCAGUGUGUUCAAGCUGCUCGCCGCUGACCUCAUUGUUUACUUCCUGCUUUAUUUCUCCGUGGCCGCCAUCUACAGAUUCGCCUUGCGGGAGAACGAGAAGAGAGUGUUUGAGAAGAUCGCCAUAACGUGUGAAUACUUCCGCAACGUGUUCCCUAUCUCUUUCGUGCUGGGUUUCUACGUGACAAUCGUGGUGCAGCGGUGGUGGGAGCAGUACAUGCUGAUCCCCUGGCCCGACACCGUGUGCAUCAUGGCCUCCACUUACAUAGAGGGCCAGGAGCUUCUAAGGAUGGCUUAAGACAGAGUUCUAUGUCACAACAAGGACCUAUGCAAGCAAGUGUCAGCAGGGUCUUCAAGUGUGUGUGUGCACCGUGUUGAGUGAUAAGUCAGUGCAGGAAAUCAAGAUGCCUCCAACACACCUUGAUCAAAGGAGAACUGCACACCAGUUCUUCAGGAUUAAAAAUUUCCUAACGGUUAUUGGGGCCAUUGAUGGUAAGAUUAACAAUAAUGUAUUUUAUUUUAAAUUUAGUGCUGUUGUUAUAAUCUAUCACUUCAUCGGUGUUUCCUUUGAGUGAAAGGUAUCUCACAGCCUCAAGUUCCUGUU